AUGAAGAUGAUGAGCACCAGGGCCCUCGCGCUCGGCGCGGCUGCCGUCCUCGCCUUCGCCGCGGCGACCGCUCAGGCCCAAAGGUGCGGCGAGCAGGGCAGCGGCAUGGAGUGCCCCAACAACCUGUGCUGCAGCCAGUACGGCUACUGCGGGAUGGGCGGCGAUUACUGCGGCAAGGGCUGCCAGAACGGCGCCUGCUGGACCAGCAAGCGCUGUGGCAGCCAGGCCGGCGGCAAGACGUGCCCCAACAACCACUGCUGCAGCCAGUACGGGCACUGCGGCUUCGGCGCGGAGUACUGCGGCGCCGGCUGCCAGGGCGGCCCCUGCCGCGCCGACAUCAAGUGCGGCAGCCAGGCCGGCGGCAAGCUGUGCCCCAACAACCUCUGCUGCAGCCAGUGGGGGUACUGCGGCCUCGGUUCCGAGUUCUGCGGCGAGGGCUGCCAGAACGGCGCUUGCAGCACCGACAAGCCGUGUGGCAAGGACGCCGGCGGCAGGGUUUGCACUAACAACUACUGCUGUAGCAAGUGGGGAUCCUGUGGCAUCGGUCCCGGCUACUGCGGUGCAGGCUGCCAGAGCGGCGGCUGCGAUGGUGUCUUCGCCGAGGCCAUCGCCACCAACUCCACUCUUCUCGCAGAAUGA